AUGUUACAGGCAUCCCUGCAAGUGCUCUCCGCGGCAUGCCUUUGUCCAAUUUUCCCCACUACAGAACGGGAGAGAUGGACUCGCAAUCGUCAGACGAAAUACGAGGAGGAUCUGGUGUAUUGGCUACUGGGCAUAUUUGAUGUGCAUAUGCCGCUGAUAUAUGGCGAAGGGCGAGAAAGGGCAUUGAAAAGACUACUAGGGUUUCAACACAAUGACUUCUCAGUGGCCUUUAGUCUCUUCGAUGUUCCCGAAACACAAUACUCCGUGGCAAGAGAGGAGGAACUUGCAGAGAUGCACGAAAAGCUCAUGUCAGACGGAAGCCGUCGCGUCGUCGUUCUCCACGGACUCGGUGGCAUUGGCAAGACGCAAAUCGCUGUUAUGUACGCGAAAAGAUAUAGAGAUGAGUAUUCUGCCAUAUUCUGGUUGAAUAUCAAGGACGAAGUUUCUAUCCAGCAGAGCUUCACCAAAGUUGCGAGGCAGAUAUUAAGACAACAUCAUAACGCCAGCCGCCUGAGCGCUAUAGAUCUGCAGCAGGAUCAUAAGGAAGUCACCGAAGCAGUGAAAGCCUGGCCCUGCCAGCCAGGGAAUACUAGGUGGCUGUUGAUCUUCGACAAUUUUGACAACCCGAGGUCGGCUUGUGGCAACAAUGACAUGGGAAUCGACAUCCACCGAUUCCUUCCUGAGGCAUACCAAGGGCCGGUUAUCAGCCACUACAACUUAUCUUGUGAAAGGGGCAUCGACAACAUAAUUAUGCCACACAGUUCUCUUCGACCUACAUGCUAA